ACUUGCGCCGUGCGUCACGACUACCUAAGGGGCGUGGACCUGUCCACAAGCACGGACGCGCGCGGUCGGUCACGUAGUAGUUGCGGAAAGGAUGGAUCGCUGGCGCGGGAGCGCGCUGCGGAAGCCGCCGCCGGCGAUAGACGCGAGGCGCGCCGAGGCGGAGAGGGGCGGCGGCGGGGGCGAGACGGGCGAGGGCCCCGAGGAGCCGGUGAGCCCGACGGGGCGGCUGUUCCGGGAGCCGCACUUCAGCUGCUACAUCGUGUCCGUGUUCGGCCUCGGCGCGCGGGUCGACCUGGCCGCCGUCCGGGUCGGGCUCGAGGCCACCCUCGCGCGCCACCCCCGCUUCUGCAGCGUCCAGGUGAUGGACGAGCUGGAGGAGGACGCGACGCCCAAGUGGGUCCGGACCACGGUAGACCUCGACGACCACGUCAUCGUCCCGGACCUGGAGCCCACCGGCACGUCGGCAGACCCAGACAGGGCCCUGGAGAACUACGUGUCGUCUCUGUCCACGCUCCCCAUGGACCACUCCCGCCCGCUUUGGGAGCUGCACGUCCUCGACUUCCCCACCUCCGACGCCGCCGCCGCUCUCGUGCUCCGCGUGCACCACUCCGUCGGCGACGGCGUGUCGCUGCUGUCCCUCUUCAUCGCUUGCACCCGCCGCGCCGCGGACCAGGACGCGCUGCCGGAGCUGCCGACCACCGGCGCCGCCCGUCGCGCUGGCCCCGUGUACGCCCUGCCUUCGCGCCCGUGGCACCCGCCGUCGUCAUGGGGCGCCCUGGCGGCCCUCGCCGCGUGGGUCGUGUCGUUGCUCCUGCUCGCGUGGCACACGGUGGUGGACGUUCUGUGCUUCUCGGCGACGGCGACGUCGAUGCUGCGCGACCCGCCCACGCUGUUCAAGGGCGCGGAGGGCGUGGAGUUCCGGCCCAAGCGCUUCGUGAACCGCACGCUCAGCCUCGACGACGUCAAGUACGUCAAGAACACCAUGAACUGCACCGUAAACGAUGUGCUGCUUGGGGUGACGUCUGCGGUGUUGUCUCGGUUUUAUUUUCGGAAAACAGGAGAAAGUGGUAGAAAGAGCAUCAAGGUGCGGUCCACUCUUCUUGUUAACCUGAGGAAGACGCCCGGUCUACAUGCACUGGCUACGAUGAUGGAGUCCGGCAAGGACAACGGCGCCGAGUGGGGGAAUCGGCUUGGCUACAUGAUACUCCCGUUCCACAUAGCCAUGCACGACGACGACCCUCUCGAGUACGUCCGGAAGGCCACCAAGGUUGCGCGCAGGAAGAAGAGCUCAAUGGAAUCGGUCUUCACCUACUGGAGCGCGUCCAUGAUCAUGAAAAUCUUUGGAAUCAAGGCAGCAGCUUCUCUGUGCUACGGCAUGAUGAGGAACACCACCCUGUCCUUCUCCAACAUGGCCGGUCCAACCGAGCAGGUGGUGUUCUACGGCCACCCGAUUGUCUACAUUGCCCCCAGCGUCUAUGGCCACCCACAUGCACUGACCAUGCAUUAUCAGAGUUACAUGAACAUUAUCAAGCUAGUACUAGCAGUAGAGGAGGAACAGUUUCCGGAUGCUCAUGAGCUUCUGGAUGACUUUGCCGUGUCUCUCAAGCUCAUUCGGGAGGCAGCUUCAGGAAAAAACACUUGACAGACAUAAGGUUGUCGCUCAGUAGAAUGUAGAUAGAUAAUAGGGGGAGAUGGACGCGUACAAAAAAUUCCAAAGAUUCUCGACGUAGUAUUACAAUGGUAGGGCUCGACCAUAUAGAAUUUCUAAAGGUUCUUGAUGUAUUCUUCCAUUGGUAAGGACUGACCAUGGUAUUUCCAAAUAUUCAUGUAUUGCUGCAAUUGCAGCGUUGUGGGGAUCGGCCAUCUGUGAUGGGCAUUACACGUAAGAAACAGAGUUGAAUGCUUUCUCUUCAUGCAAA